AUGAUUUCUUCUAAUAUCAGUGCCGCAUGGCUGUGCUGGACUCUGGUUUCCGGGUUGAGAGCCGUCGAGGCGCAAGACAAUGGUGGUGGAGGCAGUGUGCCCUCCACAGAUGGGAAUGCGAAUUCUGGAGGAGGCAAUGGAGGAUUUGGUAAUGGCAGCCACAGAGGCGGAAGACGAUUUGGGCAUCAAUCGGGCUUCCGCAAUGGCGGUCGUUUUGGCAGUGGAAGGAAUGAUGGGCAGCAAGGUGGCGACCAAACUGCAACAAACGACUCUAGCGGCGAAGUUGACAAUAAGGACACAGAGGGCGUUCUGAUUUCGUCCUCGCCUACAACCUUUUUCAUGCCUCUGGAGACAUCAGCAGCGCCGGCAAGUAUUACAGUGGAGACAACAGCUUUGCCGGAGGCAAAGAACGGUCUCCAUACAGCGUCUUCAAGACCUACCGGAUCCUUUGGAAAGCCCUCCAGCGUUGUAGACAUGCUCUCAAUGCUCCAAUCUAGCCCAGCAACUCUUGUUGGAAUACCUUACGUGGCCCCCUCUAUUUCUGAGAUCGUCCAAAGCCUAUCGUCCCUUUCCGUGCCAGGGCCACACUCCUCAUUGAGGCCGGUAUCUUCUCUUACGACCACUCGACUCACAGUGACGUCUUCGAAAACCGUCUACGUGAACUCAACUCCUCUUUCAUUUCCGGAAUCUGCCCUAGCAGAAGCGAACUCCUCCGCUUCCACUCAAGCUACACAGGCUCCUUCACUGGACCUCGCGCCCCUUCCAACCUCCUCGUUGAAGCCUUUCAGCGGUGGCGAAAAAGCAGGUGUGGGCAUCGGCAUCACGCUUGCCAUACUCGUUAUUGUCGGUGCCAUCGCAUACGAAUUCCACCGUCGAAGCAAGAUGAAGGCUCAUGAGUCUCUAGGGAGCGAGACAGGCAGUCAACAUGAAGGUUCUCCUCCACGUCGCAGUGUGCUCACGAGUGCAUUCACGAGCUUUUUUGGUCCACAUGAUAAACGCGAGCAAAAGGGCGAUCCUGAAUGGAGCAUUGAGUCCGCGGAGAAGGUAUCUAUUGUUCGUGCCGGGAGUGUGAAGUCAGUCGAGUCACAAACGCGACCUAUAACUCCUCCGCUACCCAGUCUUCCAUUGUCUGGGCCGAGACAUGCGCCUUCAGGUAGCGACACAGAACUUUUAAAGGUCGGUAUGAGGGUUCCGGAGCGUAAGCCGACCCCAGGGCUGGCUGAUAUGGCGUUGAGGAGCAAUCCACCGGUGUCUCCGGGUUCGUUCCCGAGUCCACCCCGAGCUGGGAAGACUGGGAGCUGGCCGUUACCAGAAUAG